AUGGGAGUCUGUUCCUCUCGCGCUGUCACCGCUCAGCGCGUCGGCGCGAUGCUCCAAGAGAACCUAAGACUCGAUCCAAAGAGUGAGCGAGAUUUGAUCCGGGCAUACAGGCUGUUCAAGCGGACGGACACGAACGGGGAUGGUAAAAUUCAGAAGUCUGAAUUCGCGAAGGCGUUUCGUCUGGACACGGACGUCUUCUUCGAUCGAUUGUUCGCACUGAUUGACACCGAUAACAGUGGCUAUGUGGAUUUCAGGGAGUUUGUGAUCGUUUUAGCGGCUUUUCAGCUAUCGAACGCGAGUGGGCGGGUUCGAUUUGCGUUUCGGUUGAUGGACCUGGACGACAGCGGCGCGGUGGACAAGGAGGAGUUUCGUGCGAUGAUUCAGGCCAGCGUGGGGAUGUUUAGGACGCGGACGAAGGAGGGGCGAAAGCGUGCGGGAAAAAACGAUUGGCGGGACAAGGCGCCGAAGGACAUUUACGCGGCGUAUAAGGAUUUAUUCGCAAAGCUUGAUCGGUCGCCGGGCAAGGCUAUCGGAUAUAACGACUUUGCGGACAUGUGUGUCAAGUAUCCGAAGUUAUUUACGCCCGCAAAUUACAUUUGGAACACGCUUCGGCGAUACGCGGUGCCAGCGGCGGAGCUCUGUAAGGUGAUUGCGCGCGGUGGUCAUCGAGCAUUCUUUUACAAUUCAAUGCUGGAGCAUGGGUGGCCAGGUGUAAAGUUCUCCGCGCCGCCGCUGGCGUUGGCUGACCGGAAGGUGUACAUGCGCUCACUGAGUAAUCUAUUCAAACGCAAGGGCUCGGUAGUAGACAACGAAGACGCGCGAAUGACUAACGAUCGAGGAGGCGCCGCAUCGAGGUCGUACGAACAAGAUCACGACGCCGGACGUCGCUCGCGCAGUAGGCACUCGAACGCGGAGAUGGGCUCACCCACGAAACAUCGCGACGUGCAUUACGGAUCACAAGAAAACGAGUGUCGAGACGACCGUAGGUACGAGGCACGGCGUAGUGUACGAGGGUACCAUCCAGAAGACCACGUUGAGCGUCGGCACAGUUUGGGUGUUCCUCGUACGGUUCGAGGAGCUGGAUCGAACGACCCUGGACCAAGAGGUAGCUACUCCGCCCCCUAUAUACACAAUCCUCCGCGACACGUGCCUCCGCAGAAGCCCAAGUUUGUGCGCCAAUUUUCUUGGGGAAACGACGACCCCAACAGCGAGCUUGGGAGGCGAGAGCUCCUGGCGUCAAACUCUAUUGAAAAAGCGUACAGAGAGGAGUACCCGGCCGAAGAGGAGCAAGAGUCCUGGUUGGACGACGACAUGAGAGAAUCCACGUCGAACCUUAAAGACAGAACGUUCGACAAGCAGGACUCGAUCGAUGAAAUCUGGGAGGCUCUCCAGGCGUGUCCGAGCGCCAAGGCGGCGCAAUACUACACCCCCGACGACUACGUCCCCGACGAGUACUACAAGCGCCUCGACGACGGCGUGUACUACAAAAAGAAUUAUGCCGCUAAUACCGCCAGUGGGAUUCGACCGCCCGUGUACCAACACGAGAGACAAUGA